UGAACCUGGCAACCCAGCCCAGCACAGUAUGAUGAGCAGCGGUGACUGGGAGUUAUGGAUUAGCUCACGUUCUUCUCCUCUGAACGCUACACGACCUGUGUGUGUCUGUGCUGUGAAGUUGUGUUUGUGUCGCUUUGGUUUCACGAGUCCAACGAGUUUUUACUUUUUGUUGGGUGACGUGUUGAACCCAUGUUGGUCCUCGCCACUAGCGUUAGCCAGCAGAUUCUGAUGAGGGCAUUUCUACAGGCCAACUGUUCCUGACACUGCACUUGGAAGACGUGUGAGCUGCAGAUCCUCACCAUGUCCAAGAGCAAGAGUCCUGAGACAGUGAAGGUGGUGGUCCGAUGUCGCCCAAUGAAUGAAAAAGAACAGGCAAACAAAUUUGAAAGGGUCGUCUCUGUGGAUGUGAAACUGGGCCAAAUUGUUGUCAGGAACCACAGAGAAGCUUCAGCCAGCGAAAGUCCCAAAGUCUUCACUUUUGAUUCAGUCUACGACUGGAACUCCAAACAAAUAGAUCUGUACGAUGAAACCUUCAGGCCACUGGUGGAUUCAGUUCUUCUUGGCUUCAAUGGGACCAUCUUUGCCUAUGGGCAGACGGGUACAGGGAAGACGUACACAAUGGAGGGGGUGAGAAAUGAUCCAGAGAAGAGAGGGGUGAUCCCUAACUCCUUUGAGCACAUCUUCACACACAUCUCACGAUCCCAGAAUCAGCAGUACCUGGUGAGAGCAUCAUAUCUUGAAAUUUACCAAGAGGAGGUCAAAGACUUGCUUUCCAAGAACCAAGCCCAUCGCCUUGAGCUGAGGGAGAGGCCUGACACGGGCGUUUAUGUCAAAGACCUGUCGUCAUUCGUCACCAAGAGUGUGCGAGAGAUCGAGCAUGUCAUGAAUGUGGGCAACCAGAAUCGUUCUGUGGGUUCUACAAACAUGAAUGAACACAGCUCCCGAUCUCACGCCAUUUUUGUCAUCACUGUUGAGUGCAGUGAGUUGGGUGUGGACGGGGAGAACCAUAUCAGAGUGGGCAAACUGAACUUGGUCGAUUUAGCUGGCAGCGAAAGGCAGGCCAAGACUGGCGCUCAGGGGGAGAGGCUUAAAGAAGCCACAAAGAUCAACCUGUCACUUUCUGCUCUGGGGAACGUCAUAUCAGCUCUGGUGGAUGGCAGGAGCAGCCACAUCCCAUACCGAGAUUCAAAACUCACCCGUCUGCUGCAGGACUCCCUGGGGGGCAACGCCUGCACCGUCAUGGUUGCCAACAUUGGGCCGGCAUCCUACAACAUGGAGGAGACCUUGACAACACUGCGCUACUCCAACAGGGCAAAGAACAUCAAGAAUAAACCACGCAUCAAUGAGGACCCCAAGGAUGCACUACUGAGGGAGUUUCAGGAGGAGAUCGCCAGGUUGAAGGGGCAGCUGCAGAAGCGCUCAGGGGGAAAAAAGAAGAGUAAGCAAAGGAGGAGAGCUGGGGAAGGGAGCGAUGGUGAGGAUCUGGAAGGAGAGACAGAGGAGGAUGAUGAUGAAGAUGGAGAUGACAAAGGAGAUUACUGGGGGGAGCAGCAGGAGAAGCUGGAGAGAGAGAGGAAGGCCAUCAUGGAGGAUCACAGUCUGGUGGCUGAGGAGAAAGUUCGACUGCUAAAGAAGAAGGAGAAGAAAAUGGAAGACUUGAGGAGGGAGAGGGAGGCUGGAGAGAUGCUUACAGCUAAAGUUAAGGCAAUGGAGAGUAAGCUUCUGGUUGGGGGGAAGAACAUAGUGGAUCACACCAAUGAGCAACAGAAAAUGCUGCAGCAGAGGAGGCAUGAAAUCGCUGAACAGAAACACAGAGAGCGAGAGAUGCAGCAACAGAUGGAGAGUCGUGACGAGGAGACUCUGGAGCUGAAGGAGACCUACACUUCUUUGCAGCAGGAGGUCGACAUCAAAACCAAGAAGCUGAAAAAGCUGUUUGCCAAGCUGCAGGCAGUGAAGGCAGAAAUCCACGACAUCCAGGAGGCACACAUCAGAGAGCGUCAGGAGCUGGAACAGACCCAGAAUGAGCUCACCAGGGACCUCAAACUCAAACAUCUGAUCAUUGAGAACUUCAUUCCCCAAGAGGAGAGGAGCAAAAUAGUCAGCAGAGCUUAUAUUGAUGAAGAGGAUGAGCACUGGAAAAUGCAGCCCAUUACACGUCUAGAGGAUGAUCAGCGGAUGAGGACCAGGCCUCUGUCUGCAGUGGGUUACAGGAGGCCUCUCUGUCACCACGCUCGUGUGGCCAUGAUGAUGAAGCCUGACACGAGAUACAAAGCUGAAAACAUCCAGAUACUGGACAUGGACCUUCCAACACGGACGACUAUAGACUAUCAGGAGCCGGUAAUCGCCCCAACGGUGGCAGCAGCUCUGAGGGACGCUCUCAGGGAUGAGGAUGAGAUCCAGGUAGAUGCCUUAGGCUUUUACAGCAGUUUAGGACCAACCCCACCAGCCAGUGCCAUCUCCAGCCUCAAGAAACCAAAGUCUGGUCGACCCAGAACUGGUAAGAUGUCGAGCACCCCAACGUCUCCUUUCAGCCCCUCCAGUCCAGGACCUCCUCUUUACCCACAAUGCCGCGGCCUGGUGCCCAAGUGACCGCUUCUGCCACAACCUCUCUCGUGCACCUUUCCACUUGGACUCAACUUUGAGAGAAUGGGUUUGGUUUUAGUCUAUUUUUUUUAUUUUUACUACAGAAUCUGGGAUUCUGUAAACGUUACAGAAAACUUUAAUACUAAUGCUGCUUUGUAGGUUUUAACUGUAGCCACACCACUAUUAACUGUUGUCAUGAGCUUUUUCCUUUGGACAUUUAAACCCACUCAUCCUGAGUGUGAGCCAAUACAACACCAGGACAGCAGCCACGCCUGAAGCCUCACAUCACUCCACACUGCUAUUAGCUGCUAUGAAUGUCUGAAAUUUCACACUUACAGUGUUCUUAAUGUAUAAGAAAAAACUGAAGGGGUGCUAGAAUCCCACUCUUGAUGGACUGCAGUAUCUUCAAUGCAGUUCUUUUUCUUCAUGUCUUGCCAGAUGUGUGCUUGGUUUGGCUUUUGAUGUCCUCUCUCAAGGUUUUGACUUGAAAGACACACAGACAAGACAGCUGUGCUGCACUUGUCACUAACUGUGUGUCAGUGUGUGUGUGUGUGUAUUACUUAUUGUAAUACUUAAUUUUAUAUAUACAGAUGUAGAUAUAUAUUUUUAUUUUUAUCCUGGUAUUUCUGUAAAAUAGAUUGUUUUAUUUUUCGAGCUUUAUUAUUUCUUCCAUAAGAUUUAAGUGACCAACUUUCAUGCUGAUUAUGCUUUUGUAGCCAAAUGACGGUUGCUGCUGCACUUCUGUCUUUUACAUGUUUAGUUCCUUUUAGAUUUUUAAAGACAACUCAAUUAUUAGAUGGCAGUAUGUAUUUCUUAGAUGAUGACUUUCUUAACAAUGAGGUCAAACUAUGGCCCUCGUGUCCUUUGUAAGGAAAACCCCUGAACAUAAUAUUAAAGCUUUUAAUUGUAUUCAGCCACAUGUUCUUUUCCAAAGGCUCUUAACUAAUGUUAACAUGGAUUUUAUUACACACAUUUGGCUCCCUGACUUCUUAACACAUGUGUUCCCUAAACCUUUAAGCCCCUGACCCCAAAGUAUCAGUACCAGGGACUUGUGACCCCGGACUCUCCCCAGAGGUGUUUGAAAGACACUAAGGAUGUAGACUGGAGGUAGUUAGCAAAAAAGAAAUCACCCCAACAUUUCCUGUGUUGCUGUAAACGGAACUGCUGCUAAUCUGACAUAACGUCAGGGGUUACAUGGGGGAAGAAAAUCAGAAAGUUGAUGAAUUUUUAUUUGCAUGCUUUUGUUUACAUUUAUAAUUAAAAUAUGGAAUUUCUAGUCAUUUGAAAUUGACUUUUGUUUCAAGAUUUUGCCAUUAAAUUUGCAGAUGACAGAUCGUGAGUCUGAUGCACAAUUCUCAA